AUGGCGAUUUAUUACACCUGUGCAGGGGACCACGGUGAUUUAUUAUACCUGCACAGGCGGGUCACCACCCAAUGGGCAAACAGCCCUGAAAUGAGGGGCAGGCGGACUUUUAUACCAUUUUUGUUGCCAUGCAAGCAAGCAGAAACAAGAGCAGAAAGUGGUCGGUUAGCUCAGGAUUGGGGUUACAGUCCAGGGGGCUUCACCAUGGCAGUUGGCAUGAGAGGGUGGCAGUUGGCAUGGGGACAAAGUUGGCUUUGGGAAAUAUUGCUUAGUUAUUUCAGGCUAGAGAAAGAAAAGUUUUUAUGGGAUAACCAUGCUUUGCCUUUAUUUGAGGAGGCUGUCUGUGCAGUGUUUAACCUUGGCCGUCGGAACUUGCCUGACAGUGGUGAAACCACUGACUCCAGGAACAUCGCUGUUAUCCAGAGAGAGGACAGCCUCUGCAAUGCGCUCUCUGGAGAAGUGAUUUUGCGAAUUGCCACUGAACCAGUCCUGCCCUUUAAUGCUCUUGAUAUAGCUUUAGAAGUUCAAAACAGCCUGAAAGGUGAUCUACCUGGCGCUGACCAGCUGCUGGUCCUGGCCUCGCGGCUGCGGGAGAGCGCUGAGCUCUUCCAGUCGGAGGAGAUGCGGCCUGCGAACGACCCCGAGGAGAGAGCGCCCUCCCGCGUCCGGAUGCUGAACGACGUGCUCCAGCACAUGGAGAGAAGCUUCCUGGUAGGGCAGGUGCCGCCGGGUUUUUAUAGAAACAUCCUGUACCACCUUGAUGAGAAGAAAAGCCAAUUUUCAACACUUGUGGAGGCUUGGGAGCACUGCAAGCCACUUGCAUCAAAUAAGACCCUUCAAGAAGCUCUAUCAGAGGUGUUGAACAGCAUUAAUUCUGCUCAGGUUUACUUCAAAGCAGGACUUGAUGUGUUCAAGAGUGUCUUGGUUGGAAAGAACUGAGAAAACGCUCAGAAUUUUGAAAUGUGUGUUUACUAUUCCACCAGCAAAAGCUCUCAUCUGACCAGAUUUUCUGACAUGAAAGUCUUGUUUCCCCCAAUGGUUUUUUGACAAGUGUAAACCUAUUAUUACAUUGUAUUUUUUAAAUGUAAAUAUGAAAAGAGCAUUUUGCACAUUUAAUAUUUUUCUGAUAUCUACAUUUCUGAAUAUAUAAGAGCAAGUUACUGAAAUAAUACUUAAGAUUUAUGUAUUGAAAAAAAAUUUGCUGUAUU